AAAAAGCUGACAUGCUUUUAAUCGUUUUCUAGUUUUAAAAUUUAGCGAAACUGCGCCAACAUAGCAACUCAUUCUGUCCGAAGAGCCAAUCAGAUUUGCAAAGUGUAGAGAAAUUUCUUCUGUUGAAAGUCGUGUCAGGAUCGGUAAAUCAGGGCAUUUAAUUGUUUUUCUUGUCAGCUGUGCAUAAUUUUUCUUUUUGUUACGUGUUCCUGCAUAUCCAAAAUGCCUUAUUUCAAAUACUAUAUUUCAAUUGGAAACAUUAUACUUAUAGCAUUAUUUUUUAAUUGUGUAUUUAUCGAAGCAGUGGAUGUGUUAAGACCUCGUGGAGUUUCUUUAUCAAGUAAAAUAUUCUAUGUUCCUGAUAGAGAUUUUGGUUGCAUUGAUGGUUCUGAUACAAUUCCAUUUAGUUUUGUAAAUGAUGAUUAUUGUGAUUGUAAAGAUGGAUCGGAUGAGCCAGGAACUUCUGCUUGUGAACUGGCUGUUUUUCAUUGCAUAAACUCUGGGCACAUAUCAAUCAACAUUCCUUCAUCAAGAGUAAAUGAUAACAUUUGUGAUUGUUGUGAUGGCAGUGAUGAAUAUAAUAGCACUGCUGAUUGUGUGAAUACUUGUUUAGAACUUGGCCGACAAGCAAGAGAAGAGGAGCAGAAGCUGCAAGAGUUGUAUGAACAAGGCUUUGCUUUGAGGCAGCAGUAUGCAGUUCAAGGUAAACAAAUAGAAGAAAACAAUAAAGUGCAGUUAGAAAAUUUGAAAAAAGUAGAAAUUGAAGAAGAGAAAAAUAAAGCCGAAAAGGAAGCUAUUAAAAAUGAAGCUGAAGAUAAAGAAAAGGCUGCCUUAUCUGCUUAUAACUCUGCAAAAGAAGAACAAAGGAAGAAACAAGAAGAAUUAGAAAUGAUUCAGCACCAAGAAAUGGAACGAAAACUGGCAGAAACUGCUUUUCAUGAACUAGAUCUCAACCAAGAUGGCUUAUUGUCCUAUGAUGAGCUUCAAAAAUUUCCUAAAUUUGAUAGCAAUCAUGAUGGUAUUGUUUCCGAAGAUGAAGCUAAGUUUUUCUUACACAUGAAAGAUUUUUUGCUCCUUGAUGAAUUUAUUACAACUGGCUGGAUGAUCAUGAAACCUAUUUAUUUAUCAGAAAAUGAAGCAGCUGGUGAUGCGUCUACCAGUGAAGGUACAGAGGAAGAGACUCUAGGACAACCAGAAAUGGAACCAGAAGCAAAUGUUGGCCAAGAAGAAUCAGAUGAUGAGACAUACAAUCCAGACGAAGAAAAUCCUGAAGAGGAAGAUCUCAUAGAUGAUGAAGUGGAAACACCACCAUCUUUUCCUCCAAAAGAUACCACAGAAGAUGUAAAAUCGGAAGAAUCAGAAUAUGAUGAAGAAACUCGCCAGCUUGUUGAUGCUGCUAGAGAUGCCAGACAGAAAUUUAAAGAAUCUGUUGAUGCCCUGGACAAAAUUAAAGAUGAAAUAAGAAAACUGCAGACAGAUCUUGAUUCAGAUUUUGGGAAAGAUAGAGAAUUUGCUGCACUCAAAGGGCAGUGUUUUGACUUUGAUGAUCGAGAGUACACAUACAGGUUUUGCCCCUUUGACAAAGCUAGUCAAAUUUCUAAAUCUGGUGGAUCUGAUGUUAGUUUAGGGCGCUGGGGUUCUUGGGUAGGACCUGAAGAAAAUAGGUAUUCAAAAAUGAGGUAUGACAAUGGACAAACAUGUUGGAAUGGACCAGCAAGAUCAGUUGUGGUGCUUCUUCACUGUGGGCUGGAAAAUAAACUGUUAUCCUCCAGUGAACCUAAUCGUUGUGAAUAUCUCUUUGAAUUCAGUACUCCAGCCAUGUGUGCUUUACAUGAAAAUGUUUCUCAAACUGAGCAUCAACACACGGAACUUUAGAGCACUAUGUAUUUGUGUAAGAUUUUAGAAUACUUGAAAAAUAUUACUGUAAUAGUCACACAAAUUUCUUUAUAUUUUUAUCUACAUGAGAAACACUUAUAUAAUGGUUUUUGUGUUGUAUCACUCUAAUACUAUUUUUACAAAUCAACUUGUGAUAUUCUUGUACAAUGGUGGUUCAGAUUUUAUUUCUGGAAGCAAGUAAAUGGUUUUCAAUCAAGGAUUUUUCAUGCGAACAUUAAACUAGUUUUAAAAUAAAUGUCAAAAGAAAGUCGCUGAAAUCACAGAAAAAUCCUCUUGAUCUGAACCAUUUAUAUUAGUUAUUCAAGUCUUCAAUUUAAAUAGGUUUCGAACCUUCUCAAAUACAGAUUUAACACACCAACAUUUCAUAUUUUUUUCUUUUCAAUUGUUCUAUAAAACAUUUGUCAGUUUUUAGUAGCAUCAAUUUUUUACUUUUGCAGCUUAAAUUCCU